AAAACACGUGAGCGUGACAUCGUCUCAUCUACGUACCCUUCCUGCAGCAAUCCCAGUGCUUCUGACGCAGUUUUCCCCAACCGAACCAGAAACUUCAAGUUUGUUCGUUGCUCUGUCCUCAUUGCUUGAUGAUCUGAAACAGAGGUUAUGCAUGUGGAAAAAAGUUCAAUGGCUGCAGAGAGCUGAGAUCACAGUUAUAUAUUCUAGGGGGAUUACUUUAAAAGGGAAAACUUGUAGUUUGUAGUUUCGAUUUGAAAUAAAUCUUUUGUGACACCAGUCUUGGAACUUUUCUGGCACACCUUGUAUGCUCGUUAAAGAUCAGACAGAUACUUACCCUGAAGCUCCUGCAGAUUUCUUGCUGCCAUAUCGUAGUGCUGGGGAGAGAUUUUAAGGUUCCCUUUUUCCUGCUUCAGGCAUUCCAGUACUAUUUUGCAGAUGCAGGUUAUUUUCCUCGCGUACGAGUCGCUGAAAAUGUCCUUUUUAACGAUCAGGUACCCGGGAGGAUCUUCAUUUGUAGCAUAUUCAUAUUUGUGACAUGAGAGUGCCUGUUAGGAGGGACACAGAUCUAUUGGUUAGGCCAUAUUGCAGCACUUCUGCAAUCAUUUUCACAUUCUUUAGGAUGGUGACAUUGGCCAGGGCCGUAUACCUUUCCAGGUACUCCUUAUAAUUUUUAAGAAAUAAUUUGAUGGAGUCCUCUGUGCUGUUCAUCCCCAGCCAUAGGAUGGAUAGGCGGCUGGUCGCCGGUAGCACCGUAACAGAUGUUACGGGAGGUGGGGAGCUAUUUGAUAGAGUUUCGGGCAAGGUGGGGCUAGAAGAGGCCGGCAAAGAUCCUGCACCUUGUUGAUGUAACUAUCAUUAUCUCCUAGGCACCAUAGUUUAUAACACCAUUUGAUUGGCUUCAUUGGGUUGUAUUGUUUCAGGCAGCUUCUGCCUUUGAAGUGCAUGUAACAUUGACUCAUCUACACUGAAGUGGGUGCUCUUUCGUCUCUAAAUCUUUCAUUCAGAGCUUCAACAAGUGGCCUCACUUUAUAUAUCUUGUCUCUCCUGUCUAAUUUAGCAUUGUCAUUCUCGUGUAAAUUACUGAGAACGUACUGAAAUCUGUCGCAAGUCAUCGCCCUUCGAAUUGCACAGACACCUGUAUCAUCUCCAUUCAUCCAGUUAUGGCGUAGUGAUGGUAGACGAUGGUAGCCCAUCAUAACGUUAAUUCCAAAAAAGACUUGCAUUUCAUCUUUCAAAAUAUUUCCAACUUUUCCUUUCUGAGUGCAGUACGAGUUUGUUUCAAAUACUAGUGUCAACCACUUCAGCAUAAAAAAAAAAAACAUGAGAAAGGCAUCACCUGAGUCUGUGGUUGUGUUUGUAUCUUCAAUUUGAUCUGGUCGAAACACUCUCUCUUCCACUGAUUGCGCUUUCUUCACCUGCGACGUUCUUUGUUCUUGUUAUUUACUUCCGGGGUUGGGUUAAGUUCACGACAUGUAAACACAUCAAGUGCCAGAUGAUCGAUGAUUCACGAUUAUCGGUGGGAACUGAGACUCUCGACAGGUGAUCUCUCGCUUACAGUAAUAACCUGUAUUACUAUGGCGACGAUUGCAAGGCGGGAUCCAGCGAUCCUGUCAGAGCGAUGAGGGUUAAGGGGAUAAGUGAGUCAUUACUGGCUGUACACCCUGGUCUACUUGUAUAGAAUAGGAGUCUCGACAGUAGUCUACCAGAGAGGGUAGUUGUGUUUCGGCAGUAGACACCUGCCGAAACGAUAAUUACUCCCAUUGAGGUCUAAAGCACUGUUCAGGGGGUGCUGUAAACUUAUCAUUAAACCCAGCUGUGACCUCACUGAACGUUUCCCUUUGUGUCUCACAACACAAGGGGGCAGUCACAGCCUGCCCUCUAAAGACAACUCUCUUCCUCCACACAAAACUACAAGCACCUAAUAACACACACACCCUUCACUCAAAAACUUCAAAAUUAUCAUGGCGACUCCUACACCAGCCUCGGAGUCCCCAUCUGGGGAGGGGACCAUAAAUAUCCCCGUCGGACUGCCUUGCUGUCGACGAUCCUAAGUGUCUUGACAACCCCCUCAACUUUUUCUUCAUUAACUUCUGCAACAUUCGCGGUCUAAGAUCUAAUUUUCAAUCUGUAGAACACCACCUCUCCUCUUCUAAACCUCAUCUUCUUUUCCUCACUGAAACUCAGGUGUCUGAGGCAACUGACAGUAGCCCCUUUUCUGUUCCCUCCUACUUUCUCUAUCCUCAUUUUCGAUCCAAAGCUGGAUGAUGCGUUUAUGUGCGCAAUGAUUUAACCUGCUCUCGUGCCCACGCUCUUGAAUCUUCUGAGUUUUCCACCAUCUGGCUACGACUAAAGAGUCACUCUCAAACUAAAUUUAUCAGUGCUGUAUACCUCUCUCCUAACUCCUCUGACUAUAAGAAAUUCUUUGACUACUUAACUUCCAAAGUGGAGCACAUUCUGACCCUAUUCCCUUUUGCAGAGAUCUCCAUUCUUGGAGACUUCAAUGUUCACCACCAGCUUUGGCUUUUCUCUUCCUUCACUGACCAUCCUGGUGAACUAGCCCUCAACUUUGCUAUCCUCUACGACCUAGAGCAAUUGGUGCAACACCCUACUCGUAUCCCUGACCGUCUUGGAGAUACGCCCAACAUUCUUGACCUUUUCCUGACCUCUAAUCCUUCUGCUUAUGCUGUCACCCUUUCUUCUCCGUUGGGCUCCUCCGAUCAUAAUCUCAUAUCUGUAUCUUGUCCUAUCGCUCCAAUCCCUCCUCAGGAUUCCCCUAAGCGAAGGUGCCUCUGGCGUUUUCCCUCUGCUAGUUGGGGGGACCUGAGGAGGUAUUUUGCUGAUUUUCCUUGGAAUGACCACUGCUUCCGUGUCAGAGACCCGUCUUUGUGUGCUGAGCACAUAACAAAGGUGAUAGUGUCUGACAUGGAGGCGUACAUUCCUCACUUUUUCUCGACCUAAACCUUCCAAACCUUGAUUUAACACAGCUUGUUCUCGUGCUGUACAUGAUAGAGAGGUGGCCCACAAAAGGUACUUAAGCCUUCCAUCACCAGAAUCUCAUGCACUUUAUAUUUCUGCCCGGAACCAUGCCAAGUCUGUUUUCCAACUAGCCAAAAACUUCUUCAUUAACAGAAAGUGUCAAAACCUUUCAAGAUCUAACUCCCCUCGUGACUUAUGGCAUCUAGCCAAAAAUAUCUCCAAUAACUUUGCUUCUUCUUCCUUCCCUCCUUUAUUUCAACCAGAUUGCACCACUGCUAUCACAUCUAUAUCUAAAGCUGAACUCUUUGCUCAAACCUUUGCUAAAGCUCUAUCUUGGACGAUUACGGGCUUGUUCCUCCCUCUCCUCCACCCUCUGACUACUUCAUGCCACGUAUUAAAAUUCUUCGCAAUGAUGUUUUCCAUGCCCUUGCUGGCCUAAACCCUCGGAAGGCUUAUGGACCUGAUGGGGUCCCUCCUAUUGUUCUCCGAAACUGUGCCUCCUUGCUUGCACCUUGCCUGGUCAAACUUUUCAGCUCUGUCUGUCAACAUCUACCUUUCCUUCUUGCUGGAAGUUUGCCUACAUUCAGCCUGUUCCUAAAAAGGGUGACCGUUCUAAUCCCUCAAACUACCGUCCUAUUGCUUUAAUCUCCUGCCUAUCUAAAAAUUUUGAAUCUAUCCUCAACAGGAAGAUUCUUAAACAUCUAUCACUUCACAACCUUCUACCUGAUCGCUAGUAUUGGUUCCGUCAAGGCCGCUCUACUGGUGAUCUUCUGGCUUUCCUUACUUAGUUUUGGUCAUCCUCUUUUAGAGAUUUUGGUGAAACUUUUGCUGUUGCCUUGGACAUAUCAAAAGCUUUUGAUAGAGUCUGGUAUAAAGCUUUGAUUUCCAAACUACCCUCCUACGGCUUCUAUCCUUCUCUCUGUAACUUCAUCUCAAGUUUCCUUUCUGACCGUUCUAUUGCUGCUGUGGUUGUGGUAGACGGUCACUGUUCUUCUCCUAAAUCUAUUAACAGUGGUGUUCCUCAGGGUCCUGUCCUGUCACCCACUCUCUUCUUAUUAUUCAUUAAUGAUCUUCUAAACCAAACUUCUUGUCCUAUCCACUCCUACGCUGAUGAUACCACCCUGCACUUUUCCACAUCUUUUCAUAGACGUCCAACCCUUCAGGAGGUAAAUAUUUCACGCAGGGAAGCCGCAGAACGCCCGACUUCUGAUCUUUCUAAAAUUUCUGAUUGGGGCAGAGCAAACUUGGUAUUGUUCAGUGCCUCAAAAACUCAAUUCCUCCAUCUGUCAGCUCGACAUAACCUUCCAGACAACUAACCCCUCUUCUUCAAUGACACUCAACUGUCCCCCUCUUCUACACUGCACAUCCUCGGUCUGUUCUAUACUUAUAAUCUGAACUGGAAAUUUCACAUCUCAUCUCUAGCUAAAACAGCUUCUAUGAAGUUAGGUGUUCUGAGACGUCUUCGCCAGUUGUUUCUCACCCCCCCAGCUGCUAACUCUGUACAAGGGUGUACAAGGGCCUUAUCCAUCCAUGUAUGGAGUAUGUUUCACAUGUCUGGGGGGUUUCCACUCAUAUUACUCUUCUAGACAGGGUGGAAUCAAAAGCUUUUCGUCUCAUCAACUCCUCUCCUUUAACUGACUGUCUUCAGCCUCUCUCUCACCGCAGCAAUGUUGUAUCUCUAGCUGUCUUCUACCGCUAUUUUCACGCUAACUGCUCUUCUGAUCUUGCUAACUGCAUGCCUCCCCUCCUCCCGCGGCCUCGCUGCACAAGAUUUUCUUCUUUCUCUUACCCCUGUUCUGUCCACCUCUCUAACGCAAGAGUUAACCAGUAUUCUCAAUCAUUCAUCCCUUUCUCUGGUAAACUCUGGAACUCCCUGUCUGCUUCUGUAUUUCCACCUUCCUAUGACUUGAAUUCUUUCAAGAGGGAGGUUUCAAGACACUUAUCCAUCAAUUUUUGACUACUGCUUUGACACUUUUAUGGGACUGGCAUUUCAGUGGGCAUUUUUUUUUUAUUGGAUUUUUGUUGCCCUUGGCCAGUGUCCCUCCUAAAUAAAAAAAAUGAAAAUAAAUAAAAAUAAAUAAAUAACACUCCAUACCCAGGGAAGUGACUCCUCGGCUGCGUGUGUGUGCAGUGAUCCUGCUUUCCUCAUUGAUACAAAUCACUGAGUUUCUUAUUUUUUUCCUUCUUCCCACAACUAUGAGAGAUGCCUCCAUCUGGGAGGUGAGGAGGCUGAUGUGGCAUUCAGCAAGGAGCUCUUCCAGCGGUGGUAGUGCACCAGACCAACGUAGCCAUCGGACAGGGCCUUGAGGCGCUUGUCUGUCCAGGUUCCAGUUCCCUGUGCCGGAGGCUGCCUCUGGUUCUGGAUGUCCUCUAUCAUCUGUGCAUUGGUGGGAGAAGACUAUGGAUCAGACCUUUUUAAGUCUGAUGAUGAUGAUGAUGGCUGUGAUUAUGUCCUGCCCACAGACAGCAGCAGCAAUGAUGAAUCAAGUGAUAAGUGUGCAAGAAAUCCUCCCUGUGGCUCCACAGUGCCUGCCAUGACCAGGGUGCCUCAGGAAGCAACUACUUUUUCAGUGGUCCCAGUCUUGGUGAGAGAAGAUUGUGGAUCAGACCUUUUUGAGUCUGAUGAUGAUGUGGCUGACCAUAAUUAUGUCCAGCCCUCACAAUUCACCAACAGCAAUGACUUCAGGUGGUCACUGGAGCUGCUUCACACUGCCAUCCACGAGCACCGGUGGGACAAUGCCUUCAGGUUCCUGCCGUGUGUCAUCACCCACACAGCACCACAUCUUCCCCUGGAGUUCCUGUUGCGGGUGACGGACGUCAUCACCAGAAAUGUCCCAAGUCUGUCUGUGGAUGACAGAAAAAAAUUCAGGUCCAUUCUUCAUGGUAUGAAGUUAGAGACAUCAGUGUUUCAUGACAUUUUAUCACAAGAUCUUGCAGAAGCAACAGACAGAGAUGCUGAUGGACUAUUGCAGAUGAUAGAGGACAUCCAGAACCAGAGGCAGCCUCCAGCACAGGGGAUUGAGACAAGGACAGACAAGCGCUUCAAGGCCCUUUCCGAUGGCUACAUUGGUCUGGUGCACUACCACCGCUGGAAGAGCUCCUUGCUGAAUGGCACAGCAGCCUCCCUGCCAUUGGACGGUAAGCCCAAGGCACUAAGGGGAGGGAGGCAUCUUUCAUAGUUGUGGGAAGAGGGUAAAAAAUAGAAACUCAGUAACUUGUAUCAAAGAGGGAAGCAGGCAUCUACUGCUCUGAG